UUGGCUCUUGGCAGUCAGAAAAGAUGAAAAAAACCCUCUCCAAGUGGGAAAUUAGUGGGCCCAAAUCCCCUUUAUAUGAAUGGUUUUUAACAAAUUCACCUAUUUUCAUGAAUCCCACACACACUUUUCAGUGUUGACCUCCCUUUUCCGUAUCCCCCUCCCCGCCAUUUCAUACUCUUUUUUACUCUUUCUUUCACUCUAUUCUGUUUCUAACAAGUAACAACCAUCCAAUCUUUUGAUUCUUUUCAAAAACUUUGUUAAAAACCCACCAAUUUCAUACCUUUUUUUAUUGCAAUCUGAGUCUUUGCCCUCUUUUUGGUGCUGAAUUCUUUGGGUUUCGUCAAAAAAGAUUGAAAUGAUGCAUGAAAACUCAAUUCUUGAUCCUGGUGAAGAACUGGAAGUGAGUUUUGGCUACAAAUGUAACACAACCGACGGAUACGAUAUCCCUUCGGGGAAAAAAAUCGUACGAAAAAAUAGUUCAUUUUCUUGCCUCUCAGGGGCUGCCAUAAGCGCUAAUGCAACAUUAGCCAACACUAAUAUUUGCAAUGGUUUAAUUAGCUCUGAAAUUCUUCCAUCAUUAGACUCUCCAAAAUCAUUUAGAAGAAUACCAUCUUCACCGUCAUUCACAAAACUAGAUUUGUUAUCAUCUUCUUUCCCAAGUAGCAUGUCGAAUUUAAGCUGCAGCCCAUCAACCCCUGAAAAUCUCGAGUUUGAUUCCUUUUUAUCAAAACCCUUAAGUGCACCGUCAAGAAAUGAAGAUUUUCUUAACGCGAUCGAAGUACAAGUGGCGGGCGGUGCCGCUGGCGAAGAUAGAGUCCAGGCGGUUUGUUCUGAGGAAAACGGUUGGCUUUUUUGUGCGAUUUACGAUGGAUUUAAUGGACGUGACGCAGCUGAUUUUCUAGCGGGCACGUUUUACGAAACAAUUAGGUGUAAUCUGAAUUCAUUAGACAUUGAAUUUGAUUAUUUUGUUGAUGAUGGCAACACUAUGAGGCCUAAAAACCGAGUUCUCGAUAGCUUACAACGUGCUCUUAAUCAAGCGGAAAACGAUUUUUUAUACAUGGUUGAGCAAGAAAUGGAGGAUAGGCCUGAUAUAGUUUCGGUGGGCUCUUGUGUUCUUGUUGGGCUUAUUCAAGGGAAGGAAUUGUAUAUAAUGAAUUUAGGUGAUAGUAGGGCAGUUUUAGCAACUGAUGAUGACGAAAAAAAGAUUGAUGAAUUUAAGGGAUUGAAAGCAGUGCAGUUAACGGAUAGCCAUACGGUUGAUAAUGAAGUGGAAAGAAACCAAAUUCUUAGUGAACAUCCUGAUGAUCCUAAGACAAUUGUGCAUGGAAGAGUCAAAGGGAAAUUGAAGGUUACUCGGGCUUUUGGCGUUGGUUAUUUAAAAAAGAAAGUUUUGAAUGAUGCUUUGAUGGGUAUUCUCCGUGUUCGUAAUCUUUUAAGUCCUCCAUACGUUUCUGUACAACCAUCGCUGUAUAUGCAUGAAAUCUCAAGCUCUGAUCAUUUUGUAAUACUCGGGAGUGAUGGUUUAUUUGAUUUCUUCACAAAUGAUGAGGCUGUGAAACUUGUUCAUUCCUACAUAUCGACAAAACCGUUUGGAGAUCCGGCAAAAUAUCUGUUGGAGCAACUUGUACUUAAAGCCGCUUGUUCUGCAGGUUUUAGUACCGAAGAGUUGAUGAGUGUCCCUGCUGGCCGGAGAAGAAAAUAUCAUGAUGAUGUAACCGUUAUUGUUAUAAUCCUAGGUACAAAUAAACGCACUUCAAAGGCUUCAACUUGCAUAUAGUUUGUUCCCAUUAUUGUUUUAGGUGGUAGCUAGUUGCGUACAGUUUUGCAUUUGACAAUAUUAUUUUGUAUUGUCUAGUCCUUUAUUGUUUCUUUAUGGAUAUUGAUACAUUAGAAAUAUUUGGUUAUAUGAAUCUCUCUUUUUCAAUUAUA